AUGUUUAUUGGUAGAUUCAAUAAUACUCUUAAUAAAAAGGUAUCUGGAUUAUAUUACAGUAAAUUUUAUAAAAGAAUCUCGCAUUCAAAUGGAACAAUUUUUGUUAAUUUUGUUCGAAGUAAACAUGUAUACACAAAUUACUCAACAAAGGUUUCGGUACAAAACGAUUCUGAAUUAGUUGACAAGAAGAAGGAGUCGUCACUCACCUUUAACGAAUCUGGCGUAAUUAAGUGCACAAAGGACCAGUGGCUGUAUAGGCCGACGGCAAGUGAAGUUGAUUUAUUCCUUAACUCGAAAAUAAUACCAUCAAGACCAAUAGAGCUGGAGAAGAGCGUGGCUGUAAACCUGGUGGAUUUGAAUGAGGACGUUGCAUCUCCGGUGAAAAACGCAGUCUUUUUCAGCGAGUAUGGUAUAAGGAAGGGGGAAUCGCUUAGAUUGUUCAUUGCCUGGCUCCUGUUUUCCUCAGUAACAACGUACUUGGGAAUGUGGCAGCUGAAACGGAAGAAGUGGAAGGAAGAUUUGCUGGACAACAUACAGAAGUCACUCAGUAGGCCAAGAAUAAAAAUCAACUCGAUGUCUGACAUUAAAUCGAGAGAGUUAGACAAGGGUUCGAACGACCUGGCGUAUAGAAUAAUUGAAACGCACGGAGUUUUGGACACUGAACACGAGUUCCUGGUUGGACCGCGCCAGUCUAUGUUACACGAGCACGGAGAGCAGUCAGGCUACUAUGUGCUCUACCCACUUAGGUUUAGAGACGGGUCGGCAAUACUAGUUAACAUGGGCUGGUUGAAGGGAGACGAGAUUCUCAACAUGAAGUCGACACCCGAAUGGGUCACUGUCAGAGGAGUGCUGGUGAGAGGUGAGGUUGGGGAGAGAGUAGUACUCUCGUUGAAGUACAAGUUUCUGUCAAUGUUGGAGAAGGUUGUCUUGGGCCUGACGAAGAGUCAAAUUCACCUUACCAAGGUGGUCAAUAAGCCAAGUAGCAUAGUGAGCGACCACGACAAGAAGGCGUACAGAUACCUCGACCCAGGCACCAUGGCGUCGCAAAUAUACUCUACGGAGCCGUCAGUGACACGGAGGUACAUUCUUAACGUUUACGACUCCUACUUUGACGAAGACAAGCCUCCUCUCGAUGAAGCAGAGCAAUGCUCAGACAAGAGGAACGCGUUAAUCAAUAGAAUGUUCAGAGUCUCAGGAAUAACAAAGUUCGGCACUCAAGCUGACUCUAGAACUGCUGUGUUGCCGCGCUAUAACUUUCAUAGAAAGGGAAAGGCCGACUACCUUCUUUUUUACGCUGACCCUAGCACUCACUUCAACUACGCUAUGCAGUGGUUCCUAAUGGCCAUAUCGGUUACUUGUAUGUGUGUUUACAAGAUAUUUAGGGUGCGCAGAGUUUUAAAAAGGUUACUUCACUAA